AAAAAACCCAAAAUGAUGUUCGCUAAAGUUUCAAUAUUAUUAUUUUUGACUGCCAUCAGUGAAGCCUUCAUUUAUAAUUCUGAAAGUUCAGACAAUAUCAUCGGUAAAAAUUGUUUAACAAAAAAUAAGGAGCCAGGAAGCUGUCAAGAAUUUGUCAAAUGCAAGUCUUCGCAGGAAUUAUACAACUCAGGAAAAUCUGCAGAAAUAACAAUGUGCAAGUUUAUUGGUAAAAUACCAUUCGUCUGCUGUCCAUCAAUCACAAAAACCAAGAUCAAAUUUGUCACAAAACCCAUCAGAAAACAUUCAAAGAAAUUCCAAAAAGCACUUUGUAAGAAUAUUCAACCUCAAAUUAAAGUUGAUGAUCACAUCUUUGGUGGCGUUAAAGCAGAAGUAUUAGAGUUUCCAUUCCAAGUUGCACUUGGGUACGAAAAAGAAAAUGAAAAUGAUUGGGACUUCAAUUGUGGUGGUUCAUUAAUUGCUGAUGAUGUUGUAUUAACUGCUGCUCAUUGUGUUAAUAGAAAGAACAUACAACCUGUGAUGGUUAGAGUCGGAAGAACUUCACUUGAUUUAACUGACGAGGAUGAUGACUCAGAAGCUCAAGAUAUAGACAUCGAUACUAUAAUAAUGCAUCCUGACUAUAAGAGAUCCACUCGUCAUAAUGACAUUGCCUUGAUCAAGUUAAGAUAUCCUGUUGCAUCAUCGAGUUCUGUUGGAACAAUUUGCUUGUCAACAAGUGACGAUGUUCAAGUGAAUGAAUUCACAAUUACAGGAUUCGGAAGAACAAAUGCAAAAGAUAUCAGAAAAUCUGAUUGGCUUCUUAAAGGAAAAGUCACUGAAUAUCCAACUGAAAAAUGCAAGGAAGACUUUGGAUCUGUCGGACUUGAAAUUGUUGAUUCUCAAUUGUGUGCCAUAAGUGACACAGGAGUUGAUACAUGCCAAGGAGAUUCAGGAGGUCCUUUAUUUUAUGAACAUAAUGAUGUGCGCUAUCUUCAAGGAAUUACAUCCUUUGGAAAUUCUUGUGGUGGAACUUUUCCUGCUAUUUACACAAAAGUCAAUAAGUUUCUUGAUUGGAUUGAAGCAGUUAUGUCUGACUUUGAGAUUAAGUUUAGAAGCUUUUAAUUGAAGCUCAAUUCGAUUGGCUAGAACUUUUGUAACAUAGUUCAAAAAAUACGAAUUUAAAAUUUCUGUGAUUUUUCAUUUUUGUAGAAUGAAAAAGAUUUAAAAUUUAAAAUAAAAAUAUAUCUAAUGAA